AUGGCCACCUCAAAGUCACAGGUACACUUGCCGGAGCCAGAGUAUGCUCAACCGGAUUUCAACUCCAGAGCCCAUAAGGCCUGGUACCAUCCCGACAUCUCGAACCGGGUGCCAGCAGCGGCAAGUCACAUCCUCAUUUCUGCAGAUCUCCUCAACAAGUACAGCCGCAUCCCACCAGAUCAACAACUCGAGCACAUACACAAAAUCCGGGACCAAGCCUGGGACAUCCGCGUGUACCCGUGCAUUGGCAUUGGCGCGUUUCUGGAUCCGCAGCUCCGGCUUGACCCCUUGUACCCGACCAUCAUCGAGACCCUGCGCAAUGGUGGUACGCUCAUCGACGUAGGCACUUUUAUCGGGCACGAUCUGCGGCGGCUCGCCUACGAUGGGGACAUCCCAACAGACAAGCUGUACGGCAUUGACAUCGUGGACUGGGAGGCGGUGGGGUACGACUUCUUCCGCGACAAGGACACGUUCCAGGGCACUUUUAUCCAGGCUGACAUCCUCUCGGGCUCACUCGCCGAGGUGCGCGGCACGGACUCUGCGAAGCAGCAGGCCCUUGCGCGGCUGACGGAGGACAAAGCGGAUGUGGUUUUCAUAUCCCAAGUUCUGCACCAGUGGGACUGGGAGGGACAGGUGCACGCCGCGAGCAACUUGGCUGCCGGGUUCUCAAAGGUGGGCACGCUGAUUAUGGGCAACCAGAUGGGCACGACACAAGGCGCGCGAGAGGUUGGGCUGGACGCUCUGGAUGGAGCGAAGGCGUGGCGCCACGAUGCGCAGAGCAUUGCACGGAUGUUCGAGGAGGAUGUGGCGGCACGCACGGGGACAAAGUGGGAGGCCCAGGCGCGAGUCAAGACCGUCGAGGAGAUGGGAUGGACCCAGGAUGAUGUCAAGUGGCUAGACCCAGGGGUUUGUUGGCUCGAGUUUGCGGCAAAAAGGGUUGCUUGA